AUGAAUUCAUUCAAUUCAUCCAAUGGAUCAUCAUCAUCAUAUACAUAUACAAUAGAAGAUGAUAUACCUACACUAACUUAUAGACCAAAUUCAAAUUCAUCAACAAAUACUUAUGUUUCACAAUCAUCUAAUAAUUCAAAUUUAAAAUAUGAAGAAAAUUCAUAUAUUGAUUGGAAUAAAGAAUCAUUACAAAAAAAUCCAGAAUCUUUAAAAUUUUCAUCAACCACCUUUUCAAGUUCAUCAUCAUAUAUAAAUAUAUCCAAAAAAUGGUUAACUGUAAUAUUAUCAGCAAUAAUAUUAGGUUAUAUAACAGCAGCAAUAGAUUUAAUAUCAAUUACAUUAAAUGAUUUAAAAAAAGGUGUAUGUUUAAGUAAAAAUUAUAAUGAUUGGAGUGUUUUCAAUCCUUAUUUAACUUGUCCUACAAAUGAUUGGAAUAAUUGGUCAAAUCUACUAUUUAAUUCAAUUUCGGUGGUUGGUGAUAUUUUUUUAAAUUUUCCAAUAUAUUACAUAUUUGCAAUAGCAUUCACUGCUAUAGCAACUUAUUUAAGUAUUAAUUCAAAAAUCAUCAUCAAACAAUCAGGUAUACCAGAAAUUAAAAUUUUAAUACUGGGAUUUAUAUUAAAUUAUAAAAAAAUAUUAGGUUUAAAAACUUUAAUUUAUAAAAUCGUUGGAUUAAUAUUAGUUGUUAGUUCGGGGCUUUGGUUAGGUAAAGAAGGUCCAUUAGUUCAUGUAUCUUGUUGUAUUUUCAAUAUAAUAUUUGAACUUUUAUCAAAUGGUGGUGGCAACAGAAUAAAUGAAUCAAUAAGAAGAGAAAUUUUAAGUGCUGCUACUGCAACUGGUAUAUCAGUUGCUUUUAAUUCUCCUAUUGGUGGUGUAUUAUUUGUAUUAGAAAGUAUGCCAUCUUUUUUCAAUCCAACAAAAAUUAUAUGGAUUUCUUUUGUUUCUGCUACAAUUGCAAUAAUUGGAUUAACUGGAUUUAAUGUAUUUACUGAUGGUGGGAAUUUUAUAGAACAAGAUUUAUUUCAAGUUAUAUUUGGAAAUUUUAGUUGGUUAUUUUUAGAAAUUAUACCUUUCACUUUAUUAGGAUUUAUUGGAGGAAUUUAUGGAUUUUGUUUUAUAAAAUUAAAUCAAUUUUUUCAAAAUAAAUUAAUUAGAAAAAAAAUUCAAAAUUAUUUAUCUGAUUUAUUGAAAAUUAGUUAUAAAUGGGGACCUUAUUUAGAAGUUGGAUUAAUUGUUACGAUCACAACAAUAUUAAAUUUCCCUUUAGAAAUUUCAAAAUUAUCAUUAAGUUCAUAUCUUAUAUUAUUAUUUAAAGAAUGUUCACCAGAUAAUAUUGAAGAUCAAAUAAAUUCAUCAAAUUUUUUAUGUUCAAAUUCAAAAGGUUUUAUACUGAUAAAAUUAUUAUAUAUAUUAAUUCAAGGAUUUUUUUUAUCAAGUUAUACAUUUGGAGUAGAUUUACCUGGAGGUAUAUUAAUGCCUUCAUUAGUUUUAGGUGCUACAACUGGUAGAUUUUUAGGAAUUAUAAGUCAAGUAUUACAAUCAAAAUUUAAUUGGGAAUCUUUAGCAACAUGUACUGAAAAAUCUUGUUUAGUUUCUCCAUCAAGUUAUGCAGUUAUAGGAGCUGCAUCAUUUAUGACAGGUAUAACAAAAUUAACUAUGACUGUUGUUGUAAUAAUGUUUGAAAUGACUGGUGCUAUAUCUUAUGUUUUACCAAUAAUGUGUGGAGUAAUGACUUCAAAAUUUGUUAAUGAUUGGUUAAGUCCUUUAAAUAUUUAUGAUAAUUGGUUACAAUAUAAUUUUAAUCAAAAUAAUGAUGAAAAUAGUUUAGGAUUAAUUAAUGAAAAUAAAGGUACAGGAUUAGUAAGUUUUAGUUCUUUGACAACUACAAUAAAAUCAAAAUUACCAGAUGUUACAGUUAAAUCUUUAAUGGUACCAUUGGAAAAAGUUAAAUGUCUUUGUUUAAUAUCUCAAGAUGAACCAUAUACUCAAAUUUCAUUAAUAAAAUUUAUGAAUGAUGAUAAUCAUGAAGGAUAUCCAUUAAUUGUAAAUUAUUCAAAUCCAAUAUAUAUUGGAUAUGUUAAAAAAUCAGAAAUUUAUAAUAAAAUUCAAAAUAUUAACAAUCCAAAUCAAUCAAUUUCAUUUCAAAUUCAAAAUUUAUCAAAACAAAUAUUAUCAAUGCAAUUACAUUAUGAAAGAAAUUUAAAAGAUUAUAUAGAGGUUGAACUAAAUAUAGAGUCAUCAAUAUUUUAUACAAAUGAAUUAUCACCAUCAAUAUUAAUAUUAGAACAAUUUGAAAAAUUAUAUUUAAAUAAUUUAAUAAUAUUAGAUGAAUCAUAUGAAGAAAUGAAAGGAUUUAUUGAUAGAUUUAUUUUAACAAAUCAAAUUUUAAAAAAUUUUAAUACAAUUAUGAAAAAUACAGAUUCGGAUAAAGAUGAUUUUGAAUUUAUAAAUCGAGAUAUUGAUAAUGAAUUUGAUUUAGAAAAUGGUAUUGGUGGUAGUGGUAAUGGUGGAAGUAUGUCUAAUACAAGAGUUGAUGAUAAUUAUGAUGAAAUUAUGAAUUUACGAUAUAAUAGGAAAAGUAUAGAAUUGAUUACUUAA